UUCCGGUGUUUAGUCGCCCGCCUCCUGGAUGCGGACCGCGGAUAUUUGAAAAUAACGACCGCUUCAGUAGGAAGACGUAGGUUAACUUACAAAUAUUAACGGCUGCCCAAUAAGACAUAUUGUGAAUAUCAUGGCGUCCAUUACUGAUCCAAACAUGAGUGACAGGUUCACUAGUGCUAUGGAGGAGACCCACAAUAAACAGCUUCAAACAUAUGAGGAGAUAAUUGACAUGACUACAGACUUGUGCCAGUCCCACAGACAAUUUGUAAAGUCUGCACAUGAUACAUGUUUAAAGAAAUGUAAAGAUGAUGAGAUGCUAUUUGAGACGAUACAGACAUUCAAAAGCGACUUGGUACAACAAAAUGUGUCAUUGAAAGGGAAACGGCAUGCUCUUUCUGAAAUGAUAUCCGAGAUUCAGCAGAAGGAGAUGCAGAAGGACGACAUCAUCCAGAAGAUAGAGAAACUUAAAGAAGAACAAGCUAGGAGAAAAGAGUUCAUACACUCUCAAAAUAAAACAAACAAAGACAGACUGAGGAAUCUCCAGAAAGCCAGAGGAGUCUUUCAAGAUCAUUUAGGGAUGGAGAUGAGAACAAUCCUUGGCAAAACACAAUUGGUUAAAGGUGAAAAGCUGCAGUUUGUUUUCCGGAAUAUCAACCCCUCAGAUCAGGACAGCGCCUAUGUUGUCACAAUGGGGAUUAAAGAAGACGGAUCUUACCAAAUUGUGUCCAGUGACCCCGGGCUUGAGUGUUUGCCAGUCUUGGAAAGCCGGCUUCAGGAGACCAAUAACUUGGCAGCAUUCCUGGCAAACGUCAGGAAGGAGUUUAUCUCUCAGGCUCGCUGCUGAAAAUGAAAGAAUGGGAAAAGAUAAAAUGCCAUGCAAUGAAGUUCUUGCUGCAAUGUGGACUAAUGUAGUGAUUUUAGCAAAUUGGAGGGAGGAUAACUGAAAAUACUUUAAAGGAUUAAUAAAUCCAAUUUAAUUCAUGCAUGAACACUAGUGUAUGCAGAAAUGUCCCGUCUCAUUAUUGAGCAUGGCCCAAUUAUAGUUUAGUGGAUACUGCUAAUUGGCAUGGUUUGAAACCAGGGAGUUGGGCCUCGAGACAUCAGGUGUUCUGGACUCUCUAAAUCCUGAAAGGGUCACUAGCUUACUGUAGAUGUUGUUCAGGAGUAAACGUGAAUAUAUUCAUUAAUCAUUCACAUAUCUGGUAAACAGUUUUCAUUUAUUUUCUCAUGUCAUUAGUUUAAAGUGGGUUGGGAUAAAGUUAGUUUUAUUUAGCUGGGCUUUGUUUUUUAGUAGUGUAAAUCAUAUGAAUCUAUUAAAAUACAUAUUCACGAAUUUCAUCCGUACACAAUGUGACAUAAAUUAUGAAAAACAUAAUUUUUUAUAUAUAUAUAUAUAUAUUUUUUGAAAGACUCAUACCAUAUGAAUUCAAACUGCAUUACAAAGUAACAUUUUCGAGAGAGCAGUGAGAAUCAAAUAUCCAAACUUACAGCAGAGGAAAAUGUUUUUAUAAAACCCAAUGCUUUUGUUUUUUAUUAACAUUAUACAGUCAUGAAUAUCAUCAGGCAGUGCAAACAUAAUUUGCAGUUGUAGUUUGUAUGAGGCUUCCAGUGGUUGCCAUUAUUAUUUUCUUGGCUCUGCAGAUCUGAAUCUUUUUGAUUUGCCUUCUAUAAUUUGUUGUAGAUAAAUUGUGUCAGGCAUCAGAUGAUUUGACGCUGCUCAACAGAGGCAGCUCCUCAACGUAGGUUGAAGGGAAAUGGCCUCUCUUCCCGUUAAGUUUGCCAAACCACCAACCAUUCUCUUCCUUUCCGUAAAUGUCAAGAAGAUCUCCUGUGAAACAAAAAUCCAGUCAUUUUAUUAGAUUAUUGAUAAACUCUUCUGUUUUUAGAUAAUCUGCAUUUGAGUGGCCACUUACCUUCUUUCAAGGUGAGCUCAUCGUCCUGUUCUGGUGUGAAAUCGUACAGGGCCUUGCAUUGUCCGAUACUGCACAGCUCCGGUGGUAUUUGAGCUGUUCAAUGUUGAUAUUUGUCAUUGCUUUAAUUUCAUGAUGACAUUCCAAAUGUGCGGAGUUUAAAUAAAUUGUUGUAUGACUCUAAA